AUGUCCGAGCCCCCUGCCAACACUCAGCCAGUCAAGGAUACUCCAGCUGUCGAUACGGAGCCCAUCCAAGAAUGCGCUAAAGAAAGCUGCCAAAGAAGCGAGAAAGCGAAGAAAGCCGCGGAACGUGCGGCCAAGGAGGCUGAACAGGCUGCUGCUCGUGCAGCAGCCGAUGUUGACUACUCUGAGCAAAGUUAUGGCAAAUUGCCCUUAAAUCAAAGCCAAGAACGUCCUGGUCGACUAAGAGCACAAAUCUCAACAUUCAAUGCCUCGAAGGACGGAGAGAACGUUAUCCUUCGUGCUCGUGUGCACACAAGCCGAGCCCAAGGGAGCAAGAUGGUAUUCUUCGCCCUCCGCCAGCGACAGCAUACUGUCCAAGCGCUACUAACUGUCGCCCCUGAGACCGUGUCGAAGCAAAUGGUCAAAUGGGCAGCCUCUGUCCCGCUCGAGUCUAUCGUACUUGUCGAGGGUGUGGUUAAACGCAGUCCUGAAGAGAUCAAGGGUGCGACGAUCAAAGAUGCUGAAGUUCAUAUCAGGAAGAUUCAUACCAUUUCUGAACCUGAAAUUCGACUUCCAUUCAACCUUGAGGAUGCUGAUAAAGCUCAGGACGACGAACGCGAAGUCCCGACUGUUAGCUUCGAUACACGUCUGAACAACCGUGUGCUCGACUUGAGAACUCAAACCUCACAAAGCAUCUUUGUUAUGCAAUCGGCUGUAACUGAUUUGUUCCGUCAAUCGCUGCAAGCCCAAGGCUUCAUUGAGAUUCACUCGCCCAAGCUCCAGGGCGCAGCUACUGAAAGCGGCGCCAGUGUUUUCAAAGUUGAUUACUUCAAGGGAAACGCCUUCCUGGCUCAAAGCCCCCAAUUGGCCAAGCAAAUGGCCAUCGGCGCCGAUUUUGAGCGUGUCUAUGAGAUCGGGCCAGUUUUCCGUGCCGAGAACUCGUUUACUCAUCGUCAUCUUACCGAGUUUACCGGACUUGAUCUGGAGAUGACGAUCGAAGAACAUUAUCAUGAAGUCGUAGAUGUCUUGGACAGUAUGCUUUUGCAUAUAUUCAACGGACUCAAGACUAAGUUUAGCGCCGACAUUGAAGCAGUCCGAAAGGUCUACCCAUCUACCGAAUUCACGUGGCUCGAAAAGACGCUACGCCUUCAGUGGAAGGACGCAAUCGCUUUACUACGUGAGAACGGGGUUGAAAUCGGAGACUUCGAUGAUAUCAACACCGAAACAGAAAAGUUCUUGGGAAAACUAGUGAAGGAGAAAUACAAUACUGACUAUUACAUCCUGGACAAAUUCCCACUGAUACUGAGACCCUUUUAUACAAUGCCAGACCCAGUUGAUCCAAACUAUUCCAAUUCGUACGACUUUUUCAUGCGCGGAGAAGAGAUCCUUUCUGGUGCACAACGUGUUCACGAUACCAAGAUGCUUGAAAAACGAAUGAUCGAAGUCGGGAUCAAGCCUGAAGACAUGCAAGGCUAUCUUGAUGGAUUCAGGAUGGGAAUUGCUCCUCAUGGUGGAGGAGGAAUCGGUCUUGAGCGUGUUGUGAUGUUGUUCUUGAAAUUAGGAAAUAUCCGGAAUGCUUCAUUGUUCCCUCGUGACCCUAAACGUCUAGAGCCGUAA